AUGGUAGACUCUACAUCGAAUCAAGCUAUGGCAGACGAAGAUCAAAGCAAGAAGGCAGAAGAAGAUCAAAACAAGAAGAAAACAAACAAUCCCAAGUCUUAUCAGGUGAGGAAAGAAUGCAUAAAGAGGAAAUCAAUGGAACUUGCAACUCUUUGCGAUAUCAAGGUUUGUACUGUUAUUACUGGUCCUAAUGGGGAACUGCAAACUUGGCCUGACAAUUUGGAUGCCUGUAAAGAAGUUCUUGAUCUCUACUCUCAAAAUCUGAAACCCGAAAAAAAGCACAAGGAAUCAUCAACACCAAUACCAAAACCAGAAGAAGAACAAGGAGAGAAAGAUCUCCUAUCGAUAGUUGAAUCAAAGCUUGUUGCUGUCAACAGGAGAAUUCGUUUCUUGGAGAACAAGAAUAUUGCCCUUGCUGAUAAGGGGAAAAGAAAGAGAAUAGAGUGAUUUAUUUGUAUGGAUUUUUUCUUCUGUUAGUGGAUAUCAUACUUUAUGUGGUUAAGGGAUUGGAACAGCCCAAAAAUCCUUCAUCCCUAUUUAAAGACCUUUGC